UCCAAACCUUCAUAUUCCCAAAUAUCCCAUCCAAAAUGAACACCAAACCAACCACAAAACCAACCAUUCUCCUCCUCCGCUCCCCCGUCUCCCACAACGACCCGGCAACAACCACCCACCUCAACACCCUCUUCAACAUCCUCGAAUACGACUGCCCCACCAUCGCAGACUUCAUCUCCGCCCUCUCCCCCGGCGGCAAAUACUCCAACAUCUCCGCAAUCGUACGGACCGGGUGGCUAAAAGCCGGCCCCUACGCCUCGCACCUCCUAUUCCAAGGCGAGCCCAUCACACAUUACCCACCGUCUCUGAAACUAAUCUGCUGCUCGGGCCACGGCUUUGAUGCGGCUGAUAUCCCGCGCCUCACGCAGCGAGGCAUCCUGUACUGCAACACGCCGGAUACGUGCACGGUGCCGGUGGCCAACGUAGCAGUGCAGUUGGUUCUGAAUACGUUUCGGUACUUGAGCUUUGCGGAGCAUUGCGUGCGCAGUGAGCAGUGGAUGAAGAGUCGGGAGUUGGGGCUGAAGGCGGUGGAUCCGGAGGGGAUGGUGCUGGGGGUUGUGGGGAUGGGGUGUAUUGGGAGGGAGAUUGCGAGGAGGGCGAAAGGGGGGUUGGGUAUGAGGAUUCAUUAUUUUAAUCGGAGGAGGGUUGAGGAUUUAAAGAGUGGGAUGGAGGAUGCGAUGUAUGAGGAGAGUCUGGAGGCUUUGAUUCGCGUGUCGGAUUGUUUGGUCCUGGCGUGUCCGUAUACGACCGAGAUGCAUCAUAUGCUGUCGCGGAGGGAGUUUGCGCUGGCGAAGGAGGGGGGUCUGAGGGUGGUCAAUAUUGCGAGGGGGAAGUUGGUUGAUGAGGAGGCGUUGUUGGAGGCGAUGGACGAGGGGAAGGUUGUUGGUGUUGGGCUCGAUGUUCAUGAGCAUGAACCGCAGGUUAAUCCGAGGCUGUUGGCUGAUCCGAUGGUUACGGUGUUGCCGCAUAUUGGGGUUUGUUCGCAGACUACGUGGAAGGAAUUUGAUCGAGUGAGCUUUGAGAAUCUGGAGGAGUUCUUCUAUGGGAGUGGAGUGCCGAAGUCAGCGGUUAAUGUGGUUGAGUAGAUUGAGAUUGGUUUGCAUAGAUAUAGACAGUUAUAUAGACUAUCCGAUGU